ACCAAAUGAGCGUUGCUCCUCCUGAUCAUCGUCCGAUUCCAAGUAUUGUUCUCUCGAAUUGACGCCGAACCUUCCGCAGCAGCGUCUUGAACUGUGAAGGACACCACCAACGACCAUUCAUCACGCACCCGCGCUCAUUACCAUGUCGGCCGAAGUGAUUACAACCAUCUCCCCGACGACGGAGGAGCCCAUCCUCACACGCAACGGCAUUUCUUCGCAGGAGCUCGAGCAGCUCCCGGAAGUUGCCACGCAAGCUUUCGAGUCGUGGCGCAAGACUUCACUGCAGCAAAGGAAGGAUAUUAUCAAGAAAGCGUUGGAAAUCCUCGACGAGAGGAAGGAUGAACUCGCGACCGAGCUUACAGUCCAGAUGGGCCGUCCCAUCGCUUACACGGCCAAGGAAGUCACUACAGCCAUAAAGAGGGCCGAGUUCCUCCUCAGAGUUAGCGACGACGUGCUACAAGACACCCCAGGCGAACCGGAGCAGGGUUUCAGAAGGUUCAUUCGCAAAGUGCCUGUGGGGCCUGUCCUCAUCAUCUUUGCAUGGAACUAUCCGUACCUGAUCCUCGUCAACGGACUGAUUCCUGCUCUCCUCAGCGGCAACACGGUUAUCCUCAAGCCGUCUCCGCAGACGCCAACCGUCGCGGAACAGGUCGCAAAAGCCUUCACUGAGGCUGGCCUCCCCAAUGGUGUGAUACAUUAUUUCCACUCCGGCUCGCCUACGAUCAUCGAGUCCAUCGUGAGGAACCCCAAAAUCGCUCUGGUCUGCUUCACCGGGUCGGUGGCUGGUGGCUUGGCCGUCCAAAAAGCAGCAUCAGACCGCAUCGUCAAUGUCGGAUUGGAGCUUGGAGGGAAGGACCCGGCAUAUGUCUGCGGAGAUGUUGACAUUGCGUGGGCGGCUGAAGAGAUAGUUGAUGGGGCGGUUUUCAACUCGGGUCAGAGUUGCUGCUCCAUAGAGCGCGUUUACGUCGACGAAAAGAUCCAUGAUGAGUUCGUCGCGGCGGUCCAGAACGUUCUCAAGGGGUAUAAGCUGGGGGAUCCCCUAGAUAAGGGCACCCAUGUUGGCCCGGUUAUCUCGAGGAGAUCCAAAGAGACCAUCGAGGCACACAUCAAGGAUGCGCUGGACAAGGGCGCCGUCAAUGCCACUCCGGAAAAUGAGACGUUCAGCAAGUUGCCGGACAGGGGAAACUUCGUCGUUCCAACGGUGCUCACAAAUGUUGAUCACAGCAUGAAGGUUAUGAAGGACGAGACCUUUGGGCCCGUCAUCCCGAUUAUGAAGGUCAAGGGGGAUGACGAGGCCGUACAACUCAUGAAUGACAGCGAGUUUGGCCUUACAGCCAGUAUAUGGACCAAGAACACAGAGAAGGGUUACGAGUUGUGCGAACGCGUUGAGGCUGGUACCGUUUUCGUCAACCGCUGCGACUACCCCAGCCCUGACCUCGCCUGGACGGGGUGGAAAAAUUCCGGAAAGGGUGUUACCUUGAGCAGAUAUGGUUUCGACCAAUUUGUUAAGUUGAAGAGCUAUCAUUUAAAGGACUACCCCAAAUAGUGCAUGUAAGCCCACGGCAGCCUGCUCGUUGACGCAGGGAGUCCUUCAGCAAGAGAUAAUAGGCGACAAGAUCUUAGACUAAUAAUCGUGAAUGACGCGUAUGCACGUGAGUCGUUAAACUUGUCUUACCCGAAAAC